AUGGCUGCGAGCAGCGAGGAGCCGGGACAGUCCGAGAAUAACUGGGGGAUACAGAAUGGAGACCUGGACCCGGAGGCUGAGAGGUGUCAAGUACUCAGGAAACUCAUCCAAUACAAAGUGUACAAGAGGCGCUGGUACUUCCUGGCUGUGGUGUGCCUGCUCAAUGCUUCCAAUGCCAUGAUUUGGAUCACUUUUGCCCCAGUUGCCGAUUUAACUGCAAGCUACUUUAAAUGCUCCCUGGACACUGUUAAUUACCUUUCCCUUGUCUACCUCAUUGUAUCAAUACCUAUUGGUUUUUUUUUCGCUUCAUGGCUUCUGGACACUCUGGGAUUAAAAUAUGCUUAUAUAUCUGGCUUGUGUGGAGCUCUGUUCAUUCUUGCAGGGGCUAUUGGAGCUCUGAUACUUGGCCUUUAUGUUGACCGGGCAAAGAAAUUUACAGAGGUUGUCAAAAUAUGUUUCGCUUUGACAGCAUUGUUAUUAACAGCAUUUGCGGUGGUGUCAAAUUUGAGGAACCAACCUGUUCUGUUGGCAAUCAUAUCUUCUUUUCUGGGCUUUUUUUGUUUUGCACAAUAUCCAAUUACAAUGGAGCUAGCGGUGGAGUGUUCCUACCCAGUUGGAGAAGGAAGUUCAACGGGUUUGGCCUUUAUUUCGGGUCAGGUCCAGGGAUUAAUCUUCAUGGUGCUGUUUCAGAUGCUUGCCAAGCCUUAUGCUGCCCCUCUGCUGUCUUCCUGUGGUGUGAAUCAGAUUGAAAUUUAUGAUUGGUCAAUUUCAACUUUGGUAAUGGCUGGUUUAUGUAGCAUUGGAGCCUGCAUUAUGAUCAUCUUUUUUCAUACGGACUACAAAAGACUAGCAGCAGAAGCAGACUGUGAAGAAAGGGCUAUCAGCAUAAAUGAUGGCAAUGAACCUCAUACGUAA